CAGAGGGGGGUGGAGGACACCGAGUGGAGGCCAGUGGAGGGAUUGGCAGAGGGGGGGUGGAGGACACUGAGUGGAGGCCAGUGGAGGGAUUGGCGGAGGGGGGUGGAGGACACUGAGUGGAGGCCAGUGGAGGAUUGGCAGAGGGGGGUGGAGGUCACUGAGUGGAGGCCAGUGGAGGGAUUGGCAGAGGGGGUUGGCGUAAACGGAGCGGUUGGAAAGGUGAAUGAGUCUGGCAGCCGUAUUCAGGAUGGACUGAAGUGGGGAUAGCCAGCGGCGAGGCAGGCCAGUGAGGAGGGAGUUGCAGUAGUCGAGUCGUGAUAUGAUGAGGGAGUGGAUGAGCUGUUUAGUGGUUUCUGGGUUGGGGCUGGAAGGAUAGGUUGGAGUCCAGAAUGACACCAAG